AGGAUUUUGAUAUUGUUGAACAGAGCUGAGACGCCAUUACAGGGUGUGAGAUCUCUGCUGCGAGACACGUUUGGAGUAUAUUUGGGGAGAAGUGGAGAGACAUUGGAAGUUGAUAGGCCUACCUGGACAAAGUCAUCGUCCUGAACUGAAUACCAAAGUACAUGUCCCUCUGAAAGACAUCCUGACUCCAUCUGGUGGUGAAUAGAUGACAUAGCAGCAUUUCCUGAUGUUGAUAAUUCACCCUGCGACGGAGGGCAGAGAAAACGAAAGAGGAUUUUGACAUUGUUGAACAGAGCUGAGACGCCAUUACAGGGUGUGAGAUCUCUGCUGCGAGACACGUUUGGAGUAUAUUUGGGGAGAAGUGGAGAGACAUUGGAAGUUGAUAGGCCUACCUGGACAAAGUCAUCGUCCUGAACUGAAUACCAAAGUACAUGUCCCUCUGAAAGACAUCCUGACUCCAUCUGGUGGUGAAUAGAUGACAUAGCAGCAUUUCCUGAUGUUGAUAAUUCACCCUGCGACGGAGGGCAGAGAAAACGAAAGAGGAUUUUGACAUUGUUGAACAGAGCUGAGACGCCAUUACAGGGUGUGAGAUCUCUGCUGCGAGACACGUUUGGAGUAUAUUUGGGGAGAAGUGGAGAGACAUUGGAAGUUGAUAGGCCUACCUGGACAAAGUCAUCGUCCUGAACUGAAUACCAAAGUACAUGUCCCUCUGAAAGACAUCCUGACUCCAUCUGGUGGUGAAUAGAUGACAUAGCAGCAUUUCCUGAUGUUGAUAAUUCACCCUGCGACGGAGGGCAGAGAAAACGAAAGAGGAUUUUGACAUUGUUGAACAGAGCUGAGACGCCAUUACAGGGUGUGAGAUCUCUGCUGCGAGACACGUUUGGAGUAUAUUUGGGGAGAAGUGGAGAGACAUUGGAAGUUGGUGAGUCCUGCUAUUGAAAAUAACUUUACUAUCAAAUGGCUGAGAAAACCGUUCUUGUUGAAAGUUUCCUGAGCUGCCAUGUGUGUUCAGAGACUUUCAGAGAUCCCGUGUCUCUGGGCUGCAACCACAGCUUCUGUUCGAGCUGCCUGCAGACAUUCUGGGAACAAAGUCUCCCUGGCUGCUCAGACUUUGAGUAACUCUGUGGCAGUGGCGCUCCGCACCUUGCGGGAGAUGGGCUAUGCAGAGUUCAAAGACUGUGAGGCUACUACAGACUUCAUUGAGGUAAUACAGCUAGGGAUUUGCAUCAUUGACCAAAAUUCAUUUUCCAAUAUUCUACUGUUCUUAACAACAUUUGAGUGAUUAAUUGCUUUAAUCCAUUUGAUCCUGGUGGCAUUCCCAUUUUGUCAUGUCAUCACAGGUGAGAUAUUUCAGAUUUUAAGUUUUCACAAAAACGUGAAAACACACCGUUUGUAGAUCUUCUGUUUUUGUUGUUCGUUAUAUAACACAACAUUAAUACAUUAACAUUUGAAUUGGGCAUCGGGAAUGAUUAAAUAUUUAUGACCAUCCGCAAAUUCAACAAUAUGCAAGCACUUGGAUAAUGUUUAUACUUACCUCAUACUUAUCUCAGAAGCACCCUUAUUGUCACAUCUCAGAUUUACAGGUUUAAAGCAGUGCAGCAAUUUCAUUUUAAAAAGCACAGCCACAGAGGAAAUAUAGUUCUAUCGCUAUUCCUCAUACUUGGAUGUUUACUAUCUGAUACCUGUUGACACCCAGUUAUGGUGAUGAUUUCAGUGCUUCCAGUUAAUUUAGAUAUUUGUUUAUAGAUAACGGACAGGCUGUUUGACAUAUUGAACAGCCGCAAUCCCAGAGCCAAAGGGUUCAAAGCCCCCCUUGGUUCUAGGAAUUGGACAAGCACCAGGGAGUUCUUGUCAAGAGCCAGGGGGUACUUGCUCACUUUGAAGAUGGAAGAUGGCACACCCCUUUACCGAACAAAGAGGUGUUUUAAAAUAGUGAAUGUUCUGUUGGUGAUGCACUGAUACAUUUUCGCCCCACACAAGUAUAAGUGCAACUACUCAACUUUUUAGUAGUCGCCAAUACCCAGUACAAAUGUAUUAUUAUUAUUUAUUUAUUCUUCGUUAGAUGUAUACAAGUAGUCAAUUUACCAAUCAUUAAAUGAUCUAAGGUAAAACUAAGUAGUACUGCUUUGGUGCUCUGACUGAGUAUCUAAGAUUUGUAACGGUUACCUCAACUCUACCGGUUUCAGUGCAUCCCUAAAGUCCAUGACAUAAGUUCAUGAGAUGCUCUGUUCUCUUGUUUAUCAUCAAGUUUAUGUGAUUCUCUACUAUCUUCUGCAUCGAGUUGAGAUGCUCUGUUUUCCUGUCUGCAUCGAGUUCAUAAGAUGCUCUGUCCUGUCUGCAUCGAGUUCAUGAGAUGCCCUACUCUUCUGCAUUGAGUUCAUAAAGUGGUACGUAUUAUACACUAUCUUGCUCCAAUGUGUUUGCUGUCAGCGAAUUUGUCUCUGUUCCUCUGUUGUGUUCAGUUUUUGUUCCCCCAGAUGCAGGUGUCAAAAUGGUAUGUAUUGCAUGGUCUGCAUGUUCGGUGGUGAAUUAAUUCAAGCAGGUUUAGUGUCCUAAAAGUAAUUUUAAGGAUCCUAAACCUCACACUGAUUAUACUUUUAAGAUCAGGGAUGCAAACUAGUCAGCUUUAGGGUACAGUCCCCUUUUCCCCCCAAAAUGUGGCAAUGAAGUGAAUUGUGUGAAUUGUGUGAAAUGUGGAUUUGUAUCUGCCCUGGCAGCUCCCUGAGAAGUGCUGCUCUGGGAGCAUUAACUAUUUUCACCCUAUACCGUAUGUGUUUGCAUCCCUGCUUUCUUGUCUCCUGUUUUGGUGGGAUCAUCAUAGUAAUACAAUAUUUGCUUUUGAAGGUUCCUCUCUAUCCUGGGCUUCAUCAUCAAUAUCGACACGUUGAUGUUGAUGGUUCCUGUGCUGCUUGAAGGACAGCGAUAUGUCCUGACCUACAGGUUCAGCCAGGACCACUUGGAGCUUCUCUUUAACUCCAUCAGAGCAUCCGGUGGCUGGAAUAACAACCCUAAUGCCAGCCAGUUCAAGUACAUCUUCCGGAAGCUGAUGGCCCGGUGUGGGGUUGUUAAACCAAGCAGCAAAGGUAAUGUGACGGCACAGGAUGACACAGAGUCCCUACCAGCUGUAGCAAUGUCCUCUGCUGCCCAGUCCUACCACAUCGACACAUCUACAAACCUGUCAGCUGUAGAUAUGUCCUCUGCAGAAGAAGGAGAAGAUCUUCCAUCCCCGUUUGCUGACAUUCCUGCCCUUGUACAUGACCACAGCUACCUUCCCACCCGCUUCGAUGGUCUUGUGGACAACGCUCUUGUGUACAUUUCAGGAUUUGUUGUGCGACGGACUUUCAAGAAGCUGUCCUGUGAUGUCUGCUGUGCCAGCCUGGUGACGGACGCUGCAUCUGCCAGUAAGGACAAGAGCUACCACCUGCUGACUUUAAGAAACAAUGGAGGCCUGGUGAUUCCGUCUGAAGGCACAGUGAGUGUUGUCAGGGCAGCAGAGUGGGUAAUUCGCCAGGCAUCAGCAGAUUCCAGACGAUCACAGCCCAUCAAACUGCUAGAGGUCCUCUACAUUGUGCGGAAGAGGAUAGGUCCAGAGGAUGUGUUUUUGCUCGGGGAGCACAUUGCCGACACACAGUAUGGCAUUGACAGUCACCACCAUACGCUGUUGACAUUAGUUGUGUCCCUGUUUUUUAAGCUAAGGCUGCAUCACAUUGCAAAAACAACUACUCUGAGCUUACAGAGUGGCAGCAUGAGACAGAAGCUCACAAAAACAGUCCUUUUCAAAGGGCAUUAGCUCCAACAUGUGCACAUGUGUUACGUGCCGUAGUGGGUGCUUGUGUGUCUCCCUCUCUUUCCCCCUGAUGUUUCUUCUUCUUUGUUUAAUGGCGAAUCGCUACCACUAGGAGCAUAUAUCGCCACCUACUAUGUAUUUAUUAAAUCUUCAUGUUCCAUGAUGGGCCUCACCACCUUCAGUCACAGGUACUGGCUCCUCGAUUGUCCUUACACUCUCUGUCUCUCACCCUAAAACCAGACCCUUUCUUUUUAGACUAAAAUGUCGGGUAUCUCUAGGGUCCGUUUGGUGUUUUUUCUUUUCUGUUGCUUCAGCAUAUGAAACUUUGUAUCUCUCUACCUCCUUUGCCUUUUUCUGCACUUCGCAGCCCUGAUACGCAGCACUAUGUUCCCCACAUAUGUUUAUGUUUGCUCAGUCUGUCUAAUAAACCCAUAAAAUGGUUGUGAAAGAAUACCAAAGCUGAGGCUGAACGAUGA